CAGCAAAACUCGCCACAUUAGAUACCCACCCCAACCCAACCUGUGACCCAACCCUUCCUUCUUCUUUUAUUUGACCCAACCAAAAUAAAAACUAUAACAACUCAAUCAGAAAUCUCCUUUGACUCCAACAUCGUCUCCGCCUCUAGGUCUUCCAAACCCAAAAUCCUCUCCGAGUUCACCUUCACCGCCUCCUGCCACGAGGUCACCGACCAUUCCCCGACUCCGUCCAGUCCAACAUCGGCCUCCUCCAAGUGCGAAUCCCUCUCCGAGCUUGCCCUCACCUCCCCCAUGCCCAACAGAUCUGGAUGGUGUUGGACAAGGGCAGCCCUGGUCCGGUUUUCAAUAGCGACUCCAUUAUUGCUAGGCAACCCAAGGACAGGGAAGUUGGAGAGAAUUGAGGCGGCGACACAAUUGACGAAGGAAGGGUUGGAGGCGACCGUACAACUUCCUAUUAAUCCGGCUCGGUUUCCCUUUUUUGGUUUGGAUGCUCUGUUUGGUUUCUGGAGAAAUGGAUGAAAGUUGGUAUUUUUUCCGUGUAAUUGAUGUUGGAAGCUGGAUUUUGCUAGGGAUAACCACUUGGUGGAGAAACACGAGCCUUCUUCUGGGUUAUUAUUCUUCUAUUUUAUUUGAUUGGAAAAAACCCCUAGCCCCAGAGAAUGACGGAUCUGCUUUUCCCUAACCUGUCGUAUACGGGAAGAGCGAAGUCGACAUCGAAGAAGGAGUUGAAGGUAGCGCUUUGUCGUUGCUCGGUCAGAUUAGAAAGGGGAGUGGGAUCAGCAAUGAGGGAAGAAUUGGGAACUGAGUAGAUUCGUUAGCUGCAUUGACGAAGGAUAGUGAAAGCAGAGGAUGAAUCAAGGUAGAUCAGCGACAGCCAGCGGUGGUGAUGGUUCUGUUGAAGGAAGAAGAAUAGAAGAGGGAGGAGAACAGGGAAACCAACGGAUUGGACGAGGGAGGCGACAAUUGCUUCUUCCGGUCCUCUUCUCCAUCGACUGCUGAUUAAUUUUGCAGAUUGGUCAAUCUUGGUUUUUAAUUUGGGAUAGGUCGAAUCAUGAGUUAAUGGGUCGGGUCAUAUUGGUUAGGUUUUUAUGAUGUGGCAGGUUUUUUAUGACGCGGCAGGAUUGGAUUUUAUUUUAUUUUUGUAAAAAAUAAGUGACUAGAUGAGUCUAUUAGCCACGUCAGCAAAAAAACUGACGUUGUUAAUGGAAACUGACAGAAGGUAACGGAGAGUGACCAAAAUUGAACCAUUUAAUUAAUUUGUGUGACCAAGAUUGGAUUUAAAUAUUUUCAGUGACUAAACAUGAACGUAUUUUGUAAUUUCAAUGACCAACAAUGCAAUUAACCCGGUAAAAAUUUAACAACCUUUAUUAUGACCCAAUCGUACAAUGACUUUAAAUCAACUUUGAAGUUAAAUGUGAUUAACUGAUUAUACAUUACUGAAAAUAUGUGUUUUUUCCAAAUUAUUUUUCUUCGUUAGCCGACGCGAUAAAAUUAAAUUUGCUGGUCGAGUUAAUUAUGGUUGGGAGGGAUCGAUCGUCCUCUCCGGCCAACCAAACUUCUUUUUGACGGGAAGUUAACAAUUAUCGUCGUUUUAAAUAAAAUUCUGGUGUUGCCCUCUUACUUUAUUGCUCUUUUUCCGAUCGUGAAAUACAGAUAUAUGCGCCUGCUAAAGUUUCCCGAUCAGAUCUCCCUCGUGUUCCAUCCUUCAUCAGUUUCGGUGGAAUAUCGCCAACGGCCAUCGCUUCCGGAUCCAUCUCCCUGUUGGACUCUCCAGGCAAAGAAUCGUUUUAGGUUCCGUUUUUCGCUGAGUUUGCUGCACACUCUCCCUCCUUUAGUUUCAACUCAGAUAAAAUCGGCUGUUGCUGCUGAUUCCUUGUUUCCGUCGGUACCUUGAGUAUUUCCCUUUAUUAGUCUUACGUGCGGUGUGGAGUUUGAAUGUACUAAUUGGCCAUUAGAGGAAAAUUCUCUCCCAGAGGUUCCAUUUUGAUGAUGCGGGUGCCUCAGUUGAAUAUGACGUGAGCUCGUUUGGGUUAAUUUGGGUAGGCAUAGACCUGAUUCUCCUUUGGAUGAUCAGAGCUGACAAGGCAAUUUGGAGGUCGUUUAGGAGACUGGAGUGCAGUUCUUGAAGAUCGAAACAAAUUUCUGGAAUUGCUUAUAGGACGUGGAGUUGUUGUACCGUAUUACCCAUCUUCUUUUAGUGCUUAAUUUUGGAAGGAAGUAUGUCAGUGAAUGGUACUAUGGUGCACAAUGACGAGGGUAAUGCACCUGGCCUGGGGAAUGACAAAGAGAAGUAUGUACCCUUGGAAAUUGAAAUUGGAGUAUCUCUCAAGGAACACUUAUCAGAUCCUGGAGACGAUGGGUUGGAUUCUCUUAGUAGUCAUGGGUUAGCGUCCACAAAAUCGAAGAGUGCUAUUUCAGCUCCAGAUGUCUUGAAGACCCUGUUUUUCAUCCUUGUGUGGUACACGUUUAGUACAUUUUUGACUCUGUAAGUUGGUGCUUAUAUCAUGUCAAUUAUGUUCUUAUGCUUUUCUCUUUAUUCGUGCCAAGACUAAUCAUUCACAUGUCUUCUGUGAUGAACUCGCGUAGGUAUAAUAAAACUCUUUUAGGAGAUCAUUUGGGAAGAUUUCCAGCUCCUCUAUUGAUGAAUGCCUUCCACUUUGGAUUGCAAGCUGCUCUGUCGACGUUCAUCACAUGGUACUGGUCGCACAGAUUCGACACGGCUGUUGCUAUGUCAUGGAGGGAUUAUUUUGUUAGAGGUAGCUCAUUAGUUUAUUUAAAACUUCUUCUCCUCUCUCAAGGUAGAUCUAAACUAUCUUACCAUCUUCUGACCCAAUAUCAUGCACGGAUGUGUGUUCGCCUACAGAGCAGGAGGGAGUUUUUUUUUUUUUUUUGGUGGUGGGGGGGGGGGGGGGGGGGGGGGGGGGGGAUAAGUUUUGUUUUGCAGCUUCUAAACUGUAUGACCCCAUGUACCCACAUCAUUGUCUGCAUUAGACUAUCACACAAUCACCACUGAAACAUUGGAAAACUAUUUGUAGUCAUUAAUAUAUACCAUUAGGUUCUGCAUUUGAACGUGGAAGAACAGAAGUUGAGACCUGACUCCUUUGAACUAAUAUUUUAUUCUCAUAGGAGAUUUUAGAACUACUAGUAAGCUAAUGUUAGAAGUAAUUUUUCUCACAGUUGUGCCAACCGCUCUGGGAACUGCAAUGGAUGUCAACCUGAGCAAUGCAUCACUUGUUUUCAUUUCUGUUACCUUUGCUACAAUGGUUAGUCUUCUCGCAUUGUCCCCUAGAUAUAGAUUGUUUCAUCAAUCUGAAUCCAAGUUAGAUUGUCAUUCUACUUCACUCUUUCAUUGACUUCAAAUGUUUCAUGUGUUUGCAGUGUAAAUCUGCAUCGCCUAUAUUCCUCAUUUUAUUUGCUUUUGCAUUCAGGUAAAGUGCUUCAUUUGAUCAUUCUCAUGUGUUCCAUAAUGUGCUGCAAUUCUCCUUAUAUUUUAUUUCUUACUGUGCUUUUUAUCUUUAAAAAAUCACAUUUCGGGUUUCCUAGUAUUUUAUUCGUGAACACUACUACAGUCACAAUAUUGAACUGGCUGGUAAAUUUGCACUGAAGGGAGCAGUGGCGGGUGUGUGUAGAUCAGCUGACUCUCUGUGGCAAAAAAAAAAAAAAAAAGAAAGAAAAAGAAGAAGAAGAAAAGCGAAGAGUAAAGUACAGAUAGACCAAGUUGACACACUUUCUCGUGUUUGUUCUAUCUAGUGUGGGAUCUGCUGUAGCGUUUUUUCUUCAUGUCAAACAUCAAUGUCACUAGUUCAUUGCACAAUAGAAGCGAACAUCAUUUUAUAGUUGAGCCCAAGGCCCAACUUUGUGUUUCCAUCCUGCACUUGUCUUUUGGUGACAAGCUGGCAAUGUUGACUUGUCUUUCGGUGAUAAUCUAGGGGAGAAGUUUUCUCAAUGUUGUACGUCUCUGUUGUUGUAAUACUCCUUUCUCCCUCGGAUGCAGGUUGGAGUCACCUAGCAUUAAACUUCUAGGUAUCAUCAUGGUUAUAUCUGUUGGAAUCUUGCUUACAGGUACGUCGUCUCACUUAUUGCGGUCUAUGAUUAAUUUCAGGGGCCGUUGCCUUCGUGGAUUUGAAAAAUGAAGGUUUUUUAUUAAAUCUGGACUUGAAAAACACUAUUGUUUAUUUCAUAGAUUUCAUAAUGGAUUUUGUCAAUUAGAUUUGUAUGUAUGAAGUGAAAUUGACAUUUAUUGUGCUAAUUAGUAUGUGCUCGUUAGUAUGAGAAGAGUAUAGAAAUAAGAGGGGUAGGUUGGUCGCAAAUGAUGGACUUUCCACCUAAAGGGGUGGGAUUUUCAAGUCCGCGAGACCCACAGUUUUGUUGCCCCUAAAUACAUGAAGCAAACAUUUGAGUUUUGAAAAAGUCCAUGAUGGAUCCAAAUCCAUCACCAAAUCCAUCAAGCAAACAACCCGUUCGUGUAUAACUUAGGGUCAUAAUAGUCUGAAUGAAGGAAAGGGCAAAAGUUAUGGCGUGGUUAGGUUAGGGUAGAUAAAGUUGGUUCCAGGAGGAGAAGAUUCAUUCUCUAUAUGGGCUUUGGCAGUAGUAGUCAAUGAAGUGAUUUUCAUUGUCUCUUCUAUGGAUCUCUAUCCAUUUUGAGCAAAAACUGAAGAGGUACAGGUUGGUAUUUUUUUACCUUGAUGAAGGCUGUGUCCUGGUUGGAACUGUGUGAGUCUGAUCCAGAAUAAAGGGCAAAGGGAGAAAGAAUCAGAAAGGAUUAGAACAAAGUCAUGGCUACAUAUGUUUUCAGAGUACACAUAUCUGGCAUCUCAUAUUAAAGUGUCCACUUUGAUAUACGUUUUUUAGACUACAAUACAGAUGUAAAUUUCAA